CUCAAUUGUGGUUGCUAAAAAAUAAAAUUCGCAAAUGAAUUUAAAUCUUAUGACACUUAACGCAUUAGAGUUAUAUUCGUUCGUACUAAAUAAGAGAUUAGGAUGAUAGUUCAGUGCAUAGUUAAGAUUUGUUGAUAAUCUCAGGUGUUGUGGUGUGUGUAUGAUAAUAAUACUAUAUGGACACCUAUGUCAAGUAGUUAUGUAGUUAUGUAUUUGUACAUAAAUAACAACGCGUUUAUCCACUGAACUACUUUGUACGAUUUACUACGUUCUUGUCUACUUUUAUAUUGUUUUGAUUACUUUUACGGCUAAAUAUUAGUCAACAUGGCUCUCUGUGUCUGCAAAUGCCUAAAUGUUAUGUUAGAAAGUGAGCAAAUCGAAGAUAAUGUCGAUAUUGGGAAACUGGAUUUAUCUGCGGUGGAACAAAGAGAUAUUUUUUUCAGUGAGAAAUUAUUGUCAUCUUCAAUAAAUGAAAUAAAGAUCCAUGUGGCACAACCAGCACUAGUGGGACAUCAGUCUGUUGGUCGCUGGACAAUUGAGUCUUGCCUCGGCUGCGCACAAACAACACAUGCCAUAUCCCAUGACAGAUCUAUUGUAUUAGUAUCUAAAUCAACUCAAACAACACUGGAGAGGGUGAAUAAUUUGAAAAAGUCACCAAAUUUCUCGCCUGUAUUUAACAUGCUAGUGCCGGAGGUGACAAAUGAUGUUGAAAUGAAAGAGAAUGUUGAUACAAAUAAUGUUAAAAAACAAAACAACUCAUUCCCACCAACACUGCAAGCUAUCGGUACACUCAGCAAACAGCUCAGUCAGACAUUGCAGUCACAGCUGGAAGCUGUAGAGGAAACCGUCCGACAGUUCAGAGAUCAAAAGUAUGCAGAGUUUGAGGCAUACAGAGAAAGGGCACAAAGGGAUCAUAAAAUUUUAUCUAGUAUUGUAAGCAAAGCUCGUCGUAACGUUGAGAACGACAAUUGGAGAACGGACUCCAGCCUGGACAACGGCCCGCCCUCACCGCUACUGCCUCCACAACAGAGACGAAGACUGUCAUCAAUCAAAGAUGCCAAAAAAAUACCACAAAAUAUUUCUAAGACGAAUACUCAGCUGUCACAUGAAGAGGACUCUCUGGAUGCGGAGGACAUCUUCGACUUGGAUGGAAUGGACUCGCAGCACAACAUGAUCUCGGAUCAAGAUGAUUAUGAUUCGGAUCAAGGCAGCAACGACGAGGGCAUCCAUAUUACGCGGCCGCGCGGCAUGGCGCCCGCCAACAUCGCGCGCUCGCUACCCAUCACCGUGCCCAACUUCACCAUGGACCGCACACCAGUUAAUGAAAUUGAUGACUAUGAGGAGCCGCAGGACAUUGCAGCGAGCAUCAAGGCGCUGGCGCGCUCUGUGCACGGAGACGUGUUCGAGCUGCCGCGUCCGCGCUUCUCCACGCAGAUCUAACUCGCCCCGCCCCCGCACCAGACCCCGCCCCCGCGACUCCGCCCUUCCUCUGUCAGCCGUUCGUAUUUGUAGCAUGUAAGGACAACUCCUACUCCACAAAAUCGAAUCUUUUAUACAUGUCUCGGUGUUGUGCAUAGAAUGUGUGGUUCGAUAUGUCCGAGUUGUAAUCGUGUGGAACAUUGGUGCUUAAGAUAUGUGAUCGAAGUGGCCCUAAGUCGCCAGCUCCUCGCGGACGGUGUAUCGCGAGUGACAUCCGCAGACUAUUUGAUUUUAAUGAAUAUUUUAUUACUCACUGACAAAAAAAUGUUUAUAAUAUAUCAUAGAAUUUCAAUAAUAUUGACAGGGUGAUUCGAUGAAUAACACAACUAUCAUUUGAUGUUAGUAAGUCGUACACACAAUCGUAGUUCGUAAGCGAGAGGCUAUGAAAUGUUGUUAUUGUAUUAAUUGUAGAAAGUCAACCAAAAAAAAUUUUUUUUUGUUUAACAUUUGUGAAUCAAUCCGCAGAUGAAAAGUACUGAUUUGCCUUAAAACUAUUUCUGACAUGUAAUUGUGUGGAAGCAUUAUUUCACUGGAUCAACGGUGAGCCAGUUUGCGGAAUGUCAACGAGCAUUUUUCAGUGUAAGAUUAUGUUAGUCUAAAAAGUUAAGUAAAAUGUGUGUCUUUUCGCCAUUAAAUUUAAGAACAUUUUGCAAAUAUUGUAUUGCGUAAAUAAUAAUUUUGUAUUGAGUCUUCAGGUGCUAUCUUUUGCCGUAAGUUGUAGGUACUUUGUGUAGUUAUGUUUUUUGAUAUACACACAUUUGUCAAAAAGAAUGAGUCAUUUUUUGUAUUUAGUAUGAAAGAUGUCUCAUUUAGGUAUUGCUUAUGAUUUGUUUUUGUAAGAGAUUGCAUAUGUAAGGGUAAGAAAUGACUUGUAUUGUCGGAAUGCUUCGUGGCAGUAACGUAAGGCGUCAAUUAAUCGUGUAAGAAGAGGAGGAGGU